UGCACGCACACACACCUCCCCAUCGGCUUCUCGGAAUAUCUAAUACACUGGGAAAUCAUAGUGCGAGCCUCCCCCGCUCACACACUGCUACUGCGCGCGUGUAGCAGAGACGCUUUACUCAUAUCAUCCAAGUUUACGUUCCCGUUUUAUAUUAUUCUAAAAUGCAAUAAUUUGAUGAAAGUAUAUUGUACUUGCGCAAUGGAGUAAUCUGAUAGGACGUUUGGCCUUUUUAUUUGUUUCUACAACAACUGGAAACAAAUCGACAAAUCAUUUUAUAAAGUGCAUAAUGUCAGUGACGGGUAAACUCAUUCUGUGCUGUUUUCACUCUUGACGAUUUUCUGGUGCGCGUUUGAGAUGGCGCACAGGCUCGUGAGCACCCGGUCGACACCGUUAACCGGGCUGGUGGGGUGCCUGCUGGUGUGCAAUUGUGUGGUGGACCUGGUUCUCGCACAGAUUCGGUACUCUAUCCCCGAGGAGUUGGAGCACGGAGCUUUUGUCGGUAAUAUCGCCGAGGACCUGGGCUUGGAUGUAGCCAAGCUAUCCUCUCGUCGGUUUCGGAUUGUAUCCGGGGCCAAAAAACAAUACUUAGAAGUGAAUCUGGAAAACGGUAUUUUGUUCGUUAACGAGAAGAUUGACCGCGAGGAACUGUGUGAACGGAGUCCGACCUGCUUCUUGCACUUGCAAGUGGUGAUCGAGAAUCCGUUAGAACUGUACCGAGUGGAGGUGGAGAUUUUGGAUGUGAAUGACAACUCUCCCAAUUUCCCAUGGAGCGAGUUUAAUCUGGAGAUUACAGAGUCGGCGGCGCCCGGGUCUCGGUUCCCGUUGGAAAGUGCGCAGGACCAGGACGUGGGCACCAACUCGCUCCGCUCCUACCAGCUGAGCUCCAACGAACACUUUGUGCUGAACAUCCAGACGCGUAAUGAUGGGAGCAAGUUUGCCGAGCUAGUUCUGGAGACCCCACUGGACCGGGAGCAGCAGAAGACGCAAGAGAUGGUGCUCACAUCCGUGGACGGGGGGUCGCCUGAGCGCUCGGGUACAGCUCUCAUCACCAUCACGGUGCUGGAUGCCAACGAUAACGUGCCCGUUUUCGACCAGUCUGUUUACCGGGCGAGCCUGGUAGAAAACGCACCGAGAGGGACAUUAGUGCGGAAGCUAAAUGCUACUGAUUUGGACGAGGGUGCGAACGGGGAGGUGUCCUAUGCAUUCAGUGGGCACGCACCACUCAAAGUGCGCGAGCUGUUCAGUUUAGACCAGUACACAGGUGAGAUCCGAGUGAAGGGGAUUGUGGACUAUGAGAAAGCGAGUGUGUAUGAGCUGUAUGUGCAGGCUAAAGACAGGGGUCCCUCCGCAGUGGCCGUGCACAGUAAGGUACUGGUGGAUAUCUUAGAUGUGAAUGACAACGCGCCGGAAGUCAUCCUCACCUCCGUGUCCACGCCUGUCCAGGAGGAUUCGCCACCGGGAACGGUGAUAGCCGUUAUAAGCGUCAUGGACCGGGACUCGGGAGAGAACGGGAAUGUGCACUGCCAGAUCUCCAGCAACGUUCCCUUCCAGCUCCACUCCUCCUUUAAGAACUACUACACUCUGAUAACUAGCGAGUUUCUCGAUAGAGAAGCUUUCUCCGAGUACAACAUCACCCUCACGGCCCGGGACCUGGGCUCCCCGUCGCUCUCCAAGAGGAAAACCAUCCUCGUCCAAGUGUCUGACAUUAACGACAACCCCCCGCGCUUCGCCCAGCCAUCAUACACAGUUUAUGUGACUGAGAAUAACGCCCCGGGCGCAUCCAUUUGCUCAGUCACUGCUUUCGACCCCGAUUCUAAUCAGAACGCCUAUCUGUCCUACUCGAUUCUAGAGGCUCAUAUCCAUGGCAUGCCCGUGUCCACUUACGUCUCCAUCAACUCGGACAACGGAAACAUCUACGCGCUGCGCUCCUUUGACUACGAGCAGCUAAGGAACUUUCAGAUACGGGUGCAGGCGCAGGACGCCGGUUUCCCCCCACUCAGCAGCAAUGUCACAGUAAAUGUGUUUGUAUUGGACCAGAACGACAACUCUCCGGUCAUCGUGUCCCCCUUACCCAAGAACGGGACUGUAGCGACAGAGGUGGUCCCGAGGUCAGUGGAUGCGGGGUACCUAGUCAUCAAGAUCACUGCGCUAGAUGCGGACGCAGGACAGAACUCCCGCAUCUCCUACCAGGUGCUCCAGGCUACGGACCCGGGGCUGUUUAGUGUCGCCCUCUACACAGGAGAAAUCAGAACAAUUCGCCGGAUCGUGGAUAAGGACGCUACUAGGCAGAGACUCGUCAUCCUGGUCAAGGACAACGGCCAGCCGCCUCUCUCCGCCACCGUCUCCAUCCUCCUCUCCGUGGUCGAGAACGUGCCCGAGUCCCUGUCUGAUUUCGGCGACCUCACUCUGAGCCCGCAGCCCCCCUCCAACCUCGCCCUCUACUUGAUCGUGUCACUGAGCACCAUCUCGCUAAUCUUCCUGGUGGCUAUCAUUGUGCUGGCUGCGGUCAAAUGUUACAAGGACAAAGACACACUCAGCGGGUACAGCCUCCCUCCCUUCGCCUGCUGCUGCUGCGGGGGCUUCCAGCCAGAGCCACCCCCCGAGGUAUUCAAAAAAUCUAACCUGAACCUGCAAAUCUCCACCGGGGCUAAAGUGCCUACCAACUGCAUGGAGGUAAAUGGCAACGGUACUCUGUCCCAAGCCUACUGCUAUAAAGUGUGUCUGACCCCCGAGUCAGCUAAGAGUGAAUUUAUGUUCCUGAAGCCGUGCAGCCCCAGCAGGACCUCGAGGAACAACGAGACCAAGGGGGCAGACAACUUUGCUUGGAGCGCGCACAACGGGAGCGCAUCCGCGAAUAACAAUUCCGGAGCCACCACUCCGAAUGAGCUCAAGCAACCAAUCACCGACUGGACCCUCCCAAAGAACCAGAAGUCCUCUCUGAAAAGCUAUAAUUCUAUCAACAUGGACGGCACUCUGAUGAGGAAGGCCAUGCAUGCAGACCCAGAGAACUACAUGACACCCAUGACGGGCCAGUACUGGACCUGGGGCACCCGCAUGAGGGACUACAAGAUGUCUCCUCCUGCCACUGGCCCUCCUCCUCGCUGCUGCACCCCUCGGUGCACCCCUCCACCCCAGCAACAGCCCCAACCCCAGCAGCCUCAGCAACCUCCACUCCCCCCUCAUCCCCAUCCUCACCUCCAUCCUCACCCCCAGCCACCUCCAGACUACCAACACAACGUGUACAUCCCUGGCACGCUGUCGGCUCUGUGCACCCUGAGGCCAGCAGCCACCCACCACCGCAGCGAGCUGGAUGUCCACAACUCCUUCUCCACCUUCGGCAAGAAGAGGCGCUUCAUCCACAACUACGAGCCCCGGACAGAAGCAGCAGCAGCCGUCAUCAACAACGACCUGUAUAACGAUUAAUAGUGGGCGGGACAGAGAGUUAAAUGAAAGGGAUUCAUUCAUGACUGAAUUCAUUCAACAUGUGUACAAACGGAGGAAUGAAUAAAUCAACGUUCGACCUCCAUGCUAAUGGAAAGAGGGAGAUGGAAGGAUGAAUCCAAGAAGAGUGAUCAUUAAACCGUUUAAGAUCUGCCACUGUUGGCCAUUGUUAUUUUGUAUACAUUACUGUCACAUGUUUUCCACAGUCUGUUUUUCAAUUGAUAACAUGUAUUAUUGUUAUUAUUAUUAUUUAUUGUUUUGACAAUCAGCCUGGAGCAAAGAAAAAUUAUGAGAAAUAUCCAAUUAGCCUAAGAUCGGACAGCGCUUUGCACGUUGUUAUAAAUAUCAAUUAUAUUUUUGAAUGUUUACAAAAACGGACACAAAUAACCAGGUUGUGUUUAUUCAUCUAAAACUGUUUGAAAUGUAUGCUUCUGUUCAGCAGAACUUGUGAGAAUAUGUAUGAAUAUACCUGUAGAUAUGCAAACUACAUUUCUGAUGCAGGCGAUCCCCAAAUGCUUAAACAGUCAUCUCCCCAACACAUAUAUUGUAUAUACAUUUCUGAGAAUAAAGUAUUUUUUCUCAUAAUACGCUCUUCUGGGAUAAAUUGAUUGAGAAACCUUUUCAAUGUCAAUGAGCAUCAGUCACACAUCCACUUUAAAGUUGGGAAAUUGUUUUAGGGUAAAAAAGUUGCAAGGCGCAAUA